AUGCGGGACAGGUUGGAGAGGCUGCAGACCAUUAGAGAGGAGCAGGAGGAGUAUGAGCCCGAAUUCUAUGGGUUUGAGUAUGAUGUAGACAAGGGAACUUUGUCUCAUCAAGCGGUAAUAUUUGAGAGCUCCUCAGCUAUUGAGGUCAUCCUAAAGGAGGCUGAGUCAAUACGCAAGGACAUCUCCCUGCUCAACUUGGAGGUGACACGCCUGCGCGCCCACAACGAACGAUUUGGCACCUCUGUGCGCCGCCUGACUCUUAUUAGAAAGGAUUGUGACUCCAUUGCCAGAGGGAUCCAACAGCGGGGGGAGGCUCUGUACGCCCGUCUACAGGUCCUGGGUAAACAGAGCAAAGAGCUUGAGGAGAAAGAGGGCGCCAACAGUGCUGUCAGUCGCAUUGCCCGUGCUCAGUACAAGUCACUGACCUGCGCCUUCCACAGUGCUAUGACUGACUACAGUAAGGCGGAAGAGGUUCAGAGGAAUACCUGCAGGGUGAGGAUCCAGAGGCAGGCCUCAAUACUGGGGAAAGAAAUCACUGAUGAGCAGCUGGAUGCGCUGGUGGACAAAGGUGGUGAGGGCUGGGCGGAGCUGUCCCAAGGCCUUCAGAAUCAGAGUGUACGCUCUUGCCGCACUGCGUUGUGCGAGAUCAAAGGCAGACACAAGGACCUGGUGGAGCUGGAGGCCAGGAUGAAGGAGAUCCACGAACUGUUCCUCCAAAUGGCCAUACUAGUGGAGGAGCAGGGAUCCAUGCUCAAUAACAUUGAGGCUCAUGUGUGCAACACUGUGGAAUAUAUUGAAAAAGUCCACGUUCAUAUGAAGAAGGCCAUACAGUACAAGAGGAAAAACCCUUUCCUCCAGUGUUGCCCCUGUCUACCGUGCUGGAAAAACGACCAAACCUUUUAG